UUUUUCUAUCCUCGAAAUUAUCUUUCGCCAAAAGAACUUCUGGAAAACUUAUUCCCUGUGGGGAAAUGUCAUAUUUUUAUGAUGGCUGAGACGUUGUUUUCCCUAGAGGUACAUGUGGAAAGUGUAGAAGAUCUUAAAGUAGCAUGCAAGUUACCAGCAUUGUGUUUUCGUCUGCUGGAUUUCCCAACAAUGAUCAUCCAUCAUGUGUCUGCUGUCGACGCCGAAAAAAUACGACAUAGACUUCGCAUGGAGGGAAAAGAUUCCGUACUUCACGCUCUAAAAGAUCGCUUUGGAAAUUUCCAGUUUCGUAAAGGUAAAUCUUGCCUAUUCAAAGCGAGCAUAGAUGUUCUCUUAAUUCAACUACAAACUGUCCCUUUAUACGCAAUGUUGAUGGAUUUGUGGCCAAAAAAGCCCCUACUUCUUGGAAGCUUCUUGAUUCCUUUGAAGAAGGCAGUAGAUAAGAUCUCUAACGACGUUUACAAGAAUGGCGUCGCUGUUCCCUCUUUUUACAGAGAUGAGGGCGAUUUCAAUAUGUACAAUCUCAUGGGAAGUCCCAUAGCGAAUGUAAAACUUGGUUUUAGGUUAUUGAGUUUGGGGGGGUCACUGAUCCCUCACAUUGGUACUAAAGCUUUGGGAGAGAGGAUUACAGAAAAGGUUGAAACAAACGAAAAAGUCGAGGUAGCUGUAAAGGGAGCUUUAGAAAAAGUAUUGCCUGAAAUUGAAUUAGACAAUGAAAUGACUAGAAACGGUUUCAAUAUAAAAAGUGAACAUGAUGCCAGAACUGUUAAGAAACCUGAUGUUAGACGUAGCGUGGAAGUUCAAACAAACCUUCCCACAAAAAGUUUCAAAACGUCUAGAACAGUUGAUCAAGGGAGAAAGGCAAGUGAGGAAGAUGUAGUGAUCACCAAUACAGUUUGUCCUCCCCCACUGUAUUACAACUAUUUUUCCGAUUCCACACCUUCUGGAAGGUUUCACUCAGAACAAAGUUCUUCACUUCAUGUAGAUCAGGGGCACAGACAAGGUUUCAAUCAAGGUGAGGGUACUGAUGUGGACUUCCCAUAUUAUGAUCCUGGUGUAGUUCAAACGGAUGGAACUGCUAAUGUUACAUCAGUUUCAGUACAAACUGAUGAAAAAUUAGUAAAACCAUCUUUAGGACAUCAAGGUGGCAUUGUGCCAUCUGAAUUCAUUCAGUAUAACUUGCAAGGUGUAGCGUCAGAAAGCCAUUUGCCAAUUUUAAGUGCCUUACUUCAAGAACUUUCUUGUUUAACAAGAGUGGGUGGUGAUACACAUCCCAGUUCAUUAAGUGUACAAUCUUUAAGAACUCUGCCAACUGUUCAAAGCAAAAAACUUCCUUCUGGUUAUAAAGGAUCACAGAAUGUUCCCAAAGGUGAAACAUACAGAAAACAAAAUGUUCAAGCAACUUCUCAGAAAAAGCCUCAAACAUCAGUUAUUGGUUUGCCAAGACAAAGAGUACGUUUCAAGCAGACUAGUCUCACCUAUGGAAUGACCAAAACUCAAAAGAUGAGACUAGAGAUGAAUCAAAAGGAGAAAUUAACAAACAGAACUAAAGGUUGUGAAGAACACAGGGCUUUAACAGAAAAAGAUAAGAUCAAAAGAGAUCACGAGAAGAUGCCCUUGCCAACAAGCAAUUUAGGACAGACAUACAAAAUAGGCAUGGCAAAAAAGCAGGCGAGGAGGGAUAUGAAGCUUACAGCAGAUGUGCAGGUCCAAACACAGCAGUUAUCUACUGAGGGACCACACAAUGAAAAAAGUGAGAUUCCUGUAACCACAUGGGUAGUGAAAGAGAGCAUCCCAUUGGUAGAUACUGAGCCAAAUUUUCCCAUCACUGAUAGUGCCGGGAGCUUGAAGAGUCAAAAUAGUCUGGAAAUUUUUAUUCCUCAAGUUGAGGGAGAACCAGAAGAGAGAAGUGACCAGGAAAAGGAAUGGACCACUGAUCAGGCCACUGUGGGCUUUUAUGGAAACACAGGGAUCCUAAGUGCAGAGCUGGAUGGUGUGCGAGGGAGCUCUGCCAUGAGCAUGUACACAGAGGACUUUGAGGACUCAGGAACAGAAGGUUCACAUGCAUCACACCACUUAGCUGUCACAAAGAGCAGCAGUGUUGACAAUGAAAAUCUGAAGCAGAGAUCAAAUUCUGAUGUGUCAUCUGCCAGUCAAAUAUCUCAAGGUAUUUCUGCAGCAUCAGGAAAACCAGUCCUGUCAUCUCAUUCUCCAGUGAAAGCAAAAUCUAAGAGGAUACAAGGGAGGAGAGAGAGGGAAGCAGGAAUGAACAUGAAACAGAAAGUGACAACAUCAGAACAGGAUUCUGCUAAUCAGACAUCUAACCUAACAAAGAGUUCUUCUAGCUCAUCCAAACAUUCUGCUGAAAGAAGUGAAGCAAGUUAUUCUGAUGACUUCCACUCUGUUGGCUCAGAACCUGAAAUAAAACACUCCCAAUCUUUAUCUGAUGACAGCAUUGAUGAUAACUCUCAGCAGACCAAGCUUAAUCUUCCACCUCCUGCCAGUAAUCUGGGUUAUACUUACUAAUGAUGUCUACUGUGUUUUUACCAUUGAUAACCCUUUGACUCUGAAAAUUAAGUCAUUUCUCAUUUCUCCUAUGUAUGUAUGUUGUUCAGCAACAAGGAAAUCCUAAGUUUUACGAUCCAUCAAAUAUUUUGCAUGUAAGUGAUUGGUCUGAACAUCAUAUGACCAAAUAUUCCCCAGCCAAAGACUGGAGGAUAUCUGAGGUCAUUACCCAAUGAUAUUCUCCAAUUUUCAAACCCUACAAUAAGUCCUUGCUUAAAUUUAUUCAAGAUGAGAGACCUGUUGUUACAGAAGAUAGGAUUUGAGAACAAAGUUUCACUGAACAACACCCAAAAGAAAGUAUCCCUUGCAGCAAACACUAAGCUGUAAACAUUUUUCAGGUGCAUUGCAAAAUAUUUGAAAGAUACUAAGCACAAUAGCCUCCAUUGGUACGAAAAUGUGCUUGUAUAUUUGUCCUUGAGAUGCAAUGAAUAUAUGAAGUUCAUAUAUUUUGAACUGCGGUAUUAGAUACGUAUGAUGUGCGAUCCU